AUGAAACGACGAAUUGAUGGAACUAGACGACUUGUUUCUUCUAGUAACCGUGGCCUUAGUCUUGGAGAUUCGUCAAGAGUUACGAGAACUGCAGGAUGCAAGCGACCACUGCGGUGUUGGGGCAACCAACAAAUAAGGUGGUCCACUUCUUCUGCACCACCAGUAGUUCCAGAAAUUAGCCCAUCAGUGAUUGCACGACAACGUCAGAGCAGGACCAUUGCCGCACUUAUUUCUGUGGUGUUUGUGACUGCCGUGCUCAUAGAAGGAAAUGCCAAGCAGGGAUGGAUAGGAAAGGACCCCCGACCUUGCCACGGGUAUAUACGGAAUCCGCACGGUGCUGAUGGCCAGCUUGAAGAACAGGUCAUUCGUAUUUUCGCAAAGGAGUUGAAGGAUGCUCUUACUUAUUUGGGACCUGCUUGGAUCCAAGCCAUUUCAAACGAAAAGAUGGGACAUUAUCAUGGCGGGAACCAACGAUUUGCUUUUCCAAAGUUGCGGCUUGAGUUUAAUAUUUCCCCAAAUCAGUGA